CCCGUGCACCUCGAGGUGCACGCGCGCUCCCCGCCCCCUCUGCAUCGUCUCGACUCGUUCCCGACCUCUCCGCCCGGCCUUGACGGUGCUCGUCUGUGCGUCGCUGUCGUUGGGAGGGAAGAUGAAUGGAAGGGCUGAUUUUCGAGAGCAGAAUCCAGAUGUUCCAAGACCAAUUCCACACAUAGGGGCGGAUUACAUUCCAACGGAGGAAGAGAGAAGGGUCUUUGCAGAAUGCAAUGAUGAAAGCUUCUGGUUCAGAUCUGUGCCCUUGGCUGCAACAAGUAUGUUGAUAACUCAAGGACUAAUUAGUAAAGGAAUCCUAUCAAGUCAUCCCAAGUACGGUUCCAUCCCUAAACUUAUAUUUGCUUGCAUCAUGGGAUACUUUGCUGGAAAGCUCUCUUAUGUGAAAACUUGCCAAGAGAAAUUUAAGAAUCUCGAGAAUUCCCCUCUUGGAGAGGCUCUACGGUCAGGACAGGCACGACGACCUGCACCAUCUGGGCACUAUUCUCAAAAGCCAAAAUAUGAUUCGGAUGCCAGUGGUCAUCCGUCUUUUGCGACAUCCCCAGCAUCAGACAACAUCGAAAGAGACGCACUUCCUCGUUAUGAACCAAUUCCAUUCAGUGCUUCCAUGAAUGAAUCUACUCCCACUGGUAUUACUGAUCAUGUUGCCCAAGGUAGAAACUUCUCUUGAAAUGAAUUUCAGCAUUUUAUGGUCCAACGUAUGUAUAAACUUUAUUUGAUGAACUUUUCUUCUGGAUUUCACCUGUAUGUUUCACAUCAGCCUAAACCCAACAUACUUGUUUGUUCAUUUGCUCAUUCAUUUUGUUUGUUUCUUCCUUCAACAUUUCUCGAGGACUGGUA